AUGGCGCUAAGAUAUGGUGCGUAGUCGUCGUUAGACCUCGGAGUGACAUACACGAUAUUUACAUAUUUCGCGAAGUGUAGUACUUAUUUCAUGUAUGUACUUCAUACAAACUUAAGAUAUGAGAAUUUCGACUUCAGUAUCAAUUACAAAUUAAAUUUAGAGCAGAUUAUACAAACAUUGUUUAUAGAACUUAAUUGAACGUAUAGUUAUGAAAUGUCUGAAGUAGGGUAAAUUAACAAAAAAUCAUUUUGUGUUUAGUGAAGUUAAUAAUUUUGUAAUAAGACGUUAUGGGGACUUUGAAAUUUAGAGAAUUAGGAAGUUGGAGACAGCUUAUGAAGAUUUUACUAUGGCUUCAAAUUUUACGAUCAGUUGUAGGACAAUUAUCAUCAGAAGAAGAACAAGGACAACCAUGUGCAGACUUUAAAGCCGGAGACGACGAUUUGCAAGGUUACGAUUUUAUUAGUCGAUUUCGAUUAGACAUUCCUGAAACGCAAUAUCCUGGUGUAACGAGAGUGCGAGGUUCCCAUAGGAUGCAAACGGCGUAUAGACUAGAUAAAGAAGCUAAUUUAACUGUUCCUACAAGAUAUCUAUGCGUAUUGACCACGCUCACCAUCAUCAGCUAA